AUGGGACCAUGCAAAGAUUUAGUCUGGGAAGAGGCUCCCAACAAUCAGGUACAAUGUGCUCUUGUUGGUAAUGAUGUUACCGACAAAUUAGCAUAUGUACAUGAACCAAGCCAACCCAUAAAAAUUUUAAAUCCUCGUGAUGAACACAAUCUCACCCAACCUGCACCAAUUCCAUUAGGCAACUUAAAAGAUCAAAAAGAAUUUGAAGAAUUAGUACGUAAAAAUCAAGGAUCUUUUAUCAGUAAUAAAAAUCCUGUAACUGGUGAGGUUAAUGGUCCUAAAGAAGAUCCAUUGAAACAUGGUAGUGAUUGGAGCUAUGGUUCAAGAGCAGAAUAUUGA